AACAACAAAUUUUGCUGUAGGACGAAGAGAUAACAGAAGGGAGUUCAGAAGAAAUAUGGCGAUGGCGAAUAGCAGCGUGUCACUGUUAAUGUCUUCUUUCAUGGGAGAUCAAUUCCUACGCUGCUCACGUCACCAUUCUCUUCCUCAACUAUUCCGUUACAAACCAGGAAUCAAUCAUGUUUCGAUGCAGUUACCUCGAUCACUUUCUGGCUUAACCAAUCUCUUAUUCAAUAGAAGGAAUAUUGAUGAAUUGUCUAAUAGCAACCGUAAACGCUUGAGACCUGGAAUAGUUUCUCCGCGACGAAAAGUGCCCAAGGACAUAACAAAGCCUCCAUAUGUAAAAUCUAUGGUUCCCCCAGGGAUUGCGAGUGGACCUGAAGUGCAUGACAAGAAGGGGAUAGAAUGCAUGAGAGCCUCUGGUAGGCUUGCAGCACAGGUUCUUCAAUAUGCUGGCACUUUAGUCAAGCCAGGCAUAACAACAGAUGAAAUUGACGAAGCAGUUCACCAAAUGAUAAUUGAUAAUGGAGCAUACCCAUCUCCUCUUGGCUAUGGUGGUUUUCCAAAGAGUGUCUGCACAUCUGUGAAUGAAUGCAUUUGCCAUGGAAUACCAGAUUCCCGUUCCCUUGAGGAUGGUGAUAUAAUCAACAUUGAUGUUACUGUUUAUCUAAAUGGCUAUCAUGGUGAUACAUCGACAACUUUCUUUUGCGGAGAUGUCAAUGAUGAAGCCAAAAAACUAGUACAGGUCACUAAAGAAAGCCUAGAUAAAGCGAUAUCAGUAUGUGGACCAGGAGUGGAAUUUAAGAAAAUUGGCAAAACAAUUCAUGAUCAUGCAGAUAAAUAUGGAUACGGUGUUGUGCAACAGUUUGUUGGCCAUGGAGUUGGACGUGUUUUUCAUGCUGAUCCAGUUAUUCUUCACUUUAGAAACAAUGAAGAUGGGCGAAUGAUGUUAAAUCAAACCUUCACGAUUGAACCAAUGCUGACUAUUGGCAGCAUCAAUCCUGUGAUGUGGAAAGACAAUUGGACAGUUGUAACGGAAGAUGGAAGUCUUUCAGCUCAGUUUGAACACACCAUUUUGAUAACACCCGAUGGGGCUGAAAUUAUGACUCAAUGCUGAUAGAUGCAAACAUUCAAUAUCUUUGCAUCACUCGCACAGAGAAGCUUAUUAUUGAGGAGAUGCUAUUAAUUUAUUUACUUCCAGCUUCAUAUCGAAGUUCUUGCUGGAGAUUACCCAAGGUAAACGACAACGAAGCUUGUGCCAAAUGAGUAACAGUGUUGUAUUGUUUCUGUAUCAUAUUUAUAUGGUCUUAAAUUUUUACUGUCUCCUCCUCAUCAAUUGAUAUUUAAUUAUAUACUCCUUUUUCAUUGUUAUGGCGGGGAGAAAACAAUGGCACUGUAUAUAGCUAGUAAUUAUCAGCUUGGAUUUAUAUCUUGACAAGGCCAAAAAAGUAGAGGAUUCCCUCAAUGUUGUUCACUGUAUGCGAAAUAAGCUGAAAGUGAAAACCAUUAUAUAUCAGGUGUAAUGCAUAAAUUUAACGUUAUAUAAUAGGUAACUUUCCUUA